AUGGGUCAAAAGCAUAAGUGGAAUUGGAAUUGGAAUUCGGCAAUAAUUGGAGCAGCAUCUGCAGUAGCAGCAUCUGCCCUAAUAUCCGCCAAACCCAAGGACCCAACGUUCGACCUCGUAUCCAUGAAGUUUACUUUCCUCAGACUCAACCUCCCUCUCUUCGACGCAGAGGUUCUCCUUACCGUUCAUGUCACCAACCCCAACAUCGUUCCCAUCCACUUUUCCUCCACUUCCGUGUCCAUCUUCUAUGAGGGCUCCCUCCUCGGCUCGGCUCAGUUCGAAGCCGGUUCCCAGCCGCCACGCUCCGAGCAGUUACUCCGCAUCCCUACCCGCCUCCACAGUAUCCAGUUCACGCAACACGCCACGCGCUUCCUCCACGACAUCGCGGGCAGUGAGAUGUACCUCGACGCCGCCGUCGAUAUCGCCGGCACCGCCAGGAUCAUGUGGUGGGACCACAAUUUCAAUGUCCACGUCGACAGCCACGUCACCGUUGAUCCCGUCUUUCUCGACCUCAUUGAUAAAGAGUACAUAUCCGAACUUGAAGUAUUGCUCUCUACGGCGGCGGCAUAG